AUGCUCAAUCGCUUUAGUAAAUUUCAAGCCGCUUUGGCUUUGGUCCUUUACUCUCAAGGCGCUCUAGGACAAUAUUAUACCAAUAGUUCUUCAAUUCCAAGUAAUAGCUCAUCCACAGCUAUUUCUUCAACUUCAUCAGAUACAUUUUCAAUUAGUAGCUCAUCUACUUCCUUUGUCUCCAGUUCUCUCACUCAAUUAACUUCAUCUUCUGAUCUUUCGAGUACUAUUGCUCCAUCAUCUUCGCCCACUUCUGAGGUUUCAAGUUCUAUUACUCAACCAAGUUUAUCCAGUACUAGUUCAUCAGCAUCUGGAUCAUCUAUCACUAGUCCAUCCGGUACUGAUUCAUCAGCAUCUGGUUCGUCUAUUACUAGUCCAUCCGGAAGUGGCUCUUCCUCUUCUGGACCAUCCGGUACUGGUUCGUCUGCUUCUAGUUCAUCUGCUUCUGGUUCGUCUAUUACUAGUCCAUCCGGAAGCGGCUCUUCAUCCUCUGGUCCAUCUAUUACUAGUCCAUCCGGAAGCGGCUCUUCCUCUCCUGGACCAUCCGGAAGCGGCUCUUCCUCUCCUGGACCAUCCGGAAGUGGCUCUUCCUCUCCUGGACCAUCCGAAAGUGGCUCUUCCUCUCCUGGACCAUCCGGAAGUGGCUCUUCCUCUCCUGGACCAUCCGAAAGUGGCUCUUCCUCUCCUGGACCAUCCGGAAGUGGCUCUUCAUCCUCUGGUCCAUCUAUUACUAGUCCAUCCGGAAGCGGCUCUUCCUCUCCUAGACCAUCCGGAAGCGGCUCUUCCUCUCCUGGACCAUCCGGAAGCGGCUCUUCCUCUCCUGGACCAUCCGGAAGUGGCUCUUCAUCCUCUGGUCCAUCUAUUACUAGUCCAUCCGGAAGCGGCUCUUCCUCUCCUGGACCAUCUGGAAGCGGCUCUUCAUCCUCUGGUUCAUCUAUUACUAGUCCAUCCGGUACUGGUUCAUCAGCAUCUGGUUCGUCUAUUACUAGUCCAUCCGGAAGUGGCUCUUCCUCUUCUGGACCAUCCGGUACUGGUUCGUCUGCUUCUAGUUCGUCUGCUUCUAGUUCGUCUGCUUCUAGUUCAUCUGCUUCUGGUUCGUCUAUUACUAGUCCAUCCGGAAGUGGCUCUUCCUCUUCUGGACCAUCCGGUACUGGUUCGUCUGCUUCUAGUUCGUCUGCUUCUAGUUCGUCUGCUUCUAGUUCAUCUGCUUCUGGUUCGUCUAUUACUAGUCCAUCCGGAAGCGGCUCUUCAUCCUCUGGUCCAUCUAUUACUAGUCCACCCGGAAGUGGCUCUUCCUCUCCUGGACCAUCCGGAAGUGGCUCUUCAUCUGCUUCUGGUUCAUCUAUUACUAGUCCAUCCGGCACUGGUCCAUCUGCUCCAGGCUCAUCCGCUACUAUCACACAGUCAACCUCAACUGCUUCUGGUGCCUCAAGUGCUAUUACUUCCGAUACAUUGAGCUCCAUAACUUCUUCAGUUUCUAGCGCAAGUGCAACCGCAUCCAAUUCCCUUUCUUCCAGCGAUGGCACUAUUUAUUUGCCAUCGACGACGAUCAGUGGUGAUCUCACUCUUACUGGUUCCGUAAUUGCUACAGAAGCCGUUGAAAUUGCUGCAGGUGGAGAAUUAACCCUGCUUGACGGUGAUAAAUACGGUUUCUUAGCCGAUUUGAUUGUUCGUGGUGCACUGCUCGUCAGAAAGUCUAAGCCAACUUACCCAGGCACCGAAUUCGACAUUUCCGGUCCAAAUUUUGAUGUUUCUGGUACUUUCAACGCUGAAGAACCCGCUGCUUCUUCUGCCUCCAUAUACUCAUUCACACCUGGCUCUUUUGCAAACAGCGGUGACAUUGCUUUAAGCUUAUCCGAAUCCAGUAAAGGUGAAGUUACUUACUCUCCAUACUCAAACUCUGGUGCAUUCUCUUUCUCUAACGCUAUCAUUAACGGUGGUUCUGUCUCCGGUUUGCAACGUAGAGCUGAAGAUGAAGGAUCAGUUAACAACGGUGAAAUAAACCUGGACAACGGAAGUACCUACGUGGUUGUUCAACCUGUUUCUGGUAGUGGUACAAUUAACAUAAUCUCCGGUAAUCUUUACCUACACUACCCAGACACCUUUACUGGUCAAACUGUUGUAUUUAAGGGCGAAGGUGUUCUUGCCGUUGACCCUACCGAAAGCAACACUACUCCUAUUCCUGUUGUUGGCUACACUGGUAAAAACCAAAUUGCCAUUACUGCUGACGUCACUAGCCUAUCCUACGAUAGUGCUACCGGUGUUUUGACUGCAACCCAGGGCAACAGACAAUUCUCUUUUGCUAUUGGUACAGGAUUCUCUAGUUCUAGUUUCAACGUCUCCGAAGGAACCUUUGCAGGCGCCUCUGCCUACUACCUAAAUUAUGGUGGUGCCGUUGCUUCUAGUACUACAUCUUCAUCCACUUCUACCACGUCCGGUGCUUCGUCAGUUACUUCUAGUAUAUCAAACUCUGCUACAGGUUCUAGUACAAUCACUUCAUCCGGUGCCUCUGCCUCAGAUUCAAUCACUUCAUCAAGUGCCUCCGUCUCAGGUUCAAUAGCUUCGUCUUCUGCGCCCACAUUGACCUCAGGUUCUGCUCCUGUUUACACCACAACACUAACAUAUGCAACCGCUACUAGCACAGUCGUUAUUUCCUGUUCGAAAACAACUGACACAAAUGGUAACACCUACACUAUUACCGCAACCAUUCCAUGUUCAUCCACCACUGCUACAAUCACUUCUUGCGAUGAAAGUGGAUGCCAUGUUACUACAUCAACUGGUAUCGCUGCAACUAAAACUGUUUCUUCCAAGUCACAUACCACUGUAACUGUCACUCAUUGCGACGACAACGGCUGUAGUGAAAAAACUGUUACUUCUGAAGCUCCUAAAGAAACGUCAGCAACCACCGCUUCCACAAAAUCAUACACAACUGUCACUGUUACCCACUGUGACGACAAUGGUUGUAAUGUAAAGACCGUCACUUCCGAAGCUCCUAAACCAACCACAACCACCGCCACUGUAUCUUCCAAGUCACAUACUACUGCCACUGUCACUCAUUGUGACAACAGUGGCUGUGUUGUGAAGACCGUUACUUCUGAAGCACCUGAAGCCACCACAACCACGGUGUCCCCAGAAUCAUACACCACUGCUACCGUUACUCACUGUGACGAUAAUGGCUGUAACGUAAAGACUGUUACCACUAAAGCUCCUAAGGAAACUACAGCAACCUCUGCUCUUCCAAAAUCGUACACCGCUACUGUUACUCAUUGUGACGACAAUGGCUGUGAUGUCAAGAUCAUCACUUCUCAAGUUCCUGAGGUUAUUUCGACCGCCACCGCAACUACUGUUUCUCCAAAGUCUUACACAACUUCCGCUUCUGAGGCUCCCAAGGCAACCUCAUUGACAACCGCCGUUUAUGUAUCAUCUAGCGCAAUUUCUAUUUUCUCUGGAUCCAGCGCUCCCACUACUGCUCCUAAAUCCUCUACCGGUAUCGUUAUUCAGUCCGAAGGUGUUGCUGCUGGUUUGAACACCAACGCUCUGAACGCUUUGGCCGGUAUUCUCGUUCUUGCCUUCUUUAACUAA